GGGCUAUGAGACGUGCGCUGUAACCAUGCAAUCACCGCGGGGAAAAUGGCGAAUCGUGCACUGAGAUCGGCGUGUGACGAUACGGCGGCUUGGGAUUGUUUAAGGGACGUGCUGGAGCUCGAGAAGACCACCAUGCUGUCUGCACACUGAAGCAGGCGGUUCUCUUGUUCUCUCUUGUCUCCUCCUUCCUCUGGGUCUCGGAUCGGCCGCUUCGUCUUAGGACACAUCAAGGAUGUAAAGCAAAACUUCGAUUCAUGUCUUCAGGUAAAGAAGGGGCUUCGCGAUCGUACCCAGGACCCUUACCUACAGACAAACGCGUUGAUUUGGAGGUCCUCGGCUUGCAGCUCUCCGAUAAGGAUCCAGGAAUGGUGGCUCGGAGCACAGAUAAUCUGGACAGUUCUGGGGAGCCCACCACCCGCUCCGUUGGCGCUACUGCCAACUUGAAGGGGAAGAUGAGCAAAAGGCUGUCUGUCGUCAAAGGCCACUUCCCGAAGCUCACUGACUGUGCCCAUUUUCACUAUGACAUCGUCGACUUUGGUUCCAUUGAGCUUCAGCUGGCUAGUGAUGAUAGCUGUGGUUCAGCCAAUGCCAAAGAUUUUGUCUUCCUCGUGCAGGUCUCCUGCCAGGGUAAGACGUGGACGGUUCGCCGGAUAUACGAGGAGUUUCGCACCCUGGACGCUCACCUGCACCAGUGCAUCUAUGACCGGCGUUACUCCCAGCUCCCGCCCCUGCCAUCGAUGUGUGAGCUCGGCGAGCAAGUGAAGGAAUUCACACCCCUGCUGUCCGCGUACCUGAGCCGUCUCUCUGGGAUCGUGGACAGUAAGCUGAACUGUGGGCCAGUGCUCACCUGGAUGGAGAUCGACAAUCAUGGCAAUCGGUUUCUGCUCAAGGAAGAGGCGUCUUUAAAUGUCCCGGCGAUCGCAGCCGCGCAUGUCAUCAAACGCUACACAGCCCAAGCCAGUGACGAGAUUUCCAUUGAGGUCGGUGAUAUUUUGUCUGUGAUUGAUAUGCCACCCAAAGAGGAGACCACCUGGUGGAGAGGAAAACAUGGCUUUCAGGUCGGUUUUUUCCCCAGUGAGUGUGUAGAGCUGAUCAAUGACAAAAUCCCUCAGUCCGUCAGCACUCCCGCUGCCAAGAUGGAGUGUGAUGCUGGCAGCUCAAGACCAGGAGUCACCAGUGUGCCUGGUCCAUCUUCUCCCACAUCAGUUUCAAAGAAGCAUGGCAAGCUGAUGGGAUUCCUGCGAGCCUUUAUGAAAUCCAGACCAAGCAAGCAGAAGCUGAAGCAGAGGGGCAUCCUGAAGGAGCGGGUUUUCGGCUGCGACCUGGGAGAACACCUUCUCAACUCCGGACUAGACGUUCCCCAGGUCUUGAAAAGCUGCUCCGAGUUUAUCGAGAAGCACGGCAUCGUAGACGGCAUCUACAGGCAUUCUGGGAUUUCCUCCAACAUUCAGAAACUGAGGCACGAAUUCGAUAGCGAGAAUGUUCCAGACCUGACGAAAGACAUGUACAUGCAGGACAUUCACUGCGUAGGAUCCCUGUGCAAGCUUUACUUCCGAGAGCUGCCCAAUCCGCUUCUCACCUACCAGCUCUACGACAGUUUUGCUGAUUGCAUGGGGGAGAUGACCGAGGAUGAGCGCGUAGUGCGAGUGCACGAUGUCAUUCAGCAGCUUCCUCCCCCGCACUACAGGACUCUGGAGUACCUCAUAAAGCACCUGGCUCGUCUAGCCACCCUUAGUGAAGAGACCAACAUGCACAUUAAGAACCUGGCCAUCGUCUGGGCUCCAAACCUGCUUAGAUCUAAGGAGAUCGAGGCAGCAGGGCUCAACGGUGCUGACCCGUUCAAAGAGGUGCGCAUCCAGUCUGUAGUGGUGGAGUUCUUACUCACUAACGUGGAAGUGCUCUUCAGCGAUUCGUUUACAUCCGCGGGACGGUUUGCUGCAGCUCGACAGUCCCUGACCAGGCCCAAGUCCUUUGUAUCCACUAGGCUGCUGUCUUUGGAGGAGGCUCAGGCUCGUUCCCAGGCUCCACUGCUCCUUCAAGGAUCUUCUCACCCCCUACAGGAUCGCUUCCAUACAGUGCUAGAUCUUCCUACUCACAGAAGGAAAAGAGGGCCGAAGGUCCGGAAGACAGCUGGAGGGAGCUGGAAGACAUUCUUUGCUAUUGGAAAGCCUGCAGGCUCAGGCCGCCGUAAGCCCAUCCGGAUCACCUCGCUGUUCCAGCCCUCCACCUCUCACGCAGGUUGCAGAGUGGACAGUGUAACCCUGAGGUCAGCGAAGAGUGAGGAGUCUCUUUCUUCCCAACACAGUGGAGCAGGUCAGGGGAAGCUGCAGCACUUACGGAGACCUCGCUCCAGCAGUGAUGGUCUCUCCCUGGCAGCCUCCAUGGACCCUCAGCUCCUUGCCCAGGCAGUUCCUUCGCAAAUCCCGCCAAGCCGUUCGUACGACAGCUUGCUGCCUGACGAGGCCCGAGACGCUAAUGAGGAGGAAGACGAUGAAGAUGAUGAGGAGGGGGUCUACAUGCUACCCGAUUUCUCACAGGACCCCACCAUGUCUUGGAUGGCUGAGGACAUUGCUGACUUUAGCCCCACUUUCCCUGAAGAGGGACCAAUUGGAAUGGGGAGCAGUGGCCCUGUUGCCCCUGGGGAGAGGGAAUCUCCGUCUGCGGCCACGCCUUCUCCUUAUCGCUAUCUGAGUCGCCAUGGGCACGCUCGUUCCGGAAGCCAGCGUUCAAUUACAGAAGACCCAGACUCUGUUCUCAACCAGUCAGAAGCAGCAGCACGUAGGAGUUUGAUUUUGGCUGCAGCUGCCCCAACCCAGCAGGUGUUCUGUCAGCAUAGACCUCCUGCUGUUAAUUCCUCCAGCUCCACCCAACCUGGAGAUCCCAACCUUAGUCCCUCCCAAAGCCAGCCCACAGCCACUCCAGCUCCUGUACCCACUGCUCAACCGCCACAGGAAAGGCGUUCAUUUACAAAAAAGGUGGUGCACGCCCUUUCACCGAAAUCACCAAAGUCGCCCCCAAUGGACAUAUCUGACCCCAUUGCCAUCAGUGUACCUGCCAAGGUGCUGGAAAUGAUUGGCGGGCGAGCUGGCGAAUUGCAGUCCGGGAACCCAGGUGGUGGACCCGCCCAGCCACCCCAAAUGAUAUCUAUGCUGCUGAAGUCGUGUGACUUCCAGCUUACAGAGAGCUGCCAACAGGAGUUAAGCAGCAAGUUUGGCCAUGACAAGAUGAGAGGCCCCAGUAUUAUUGGUCCCACUGGUGCUCCCUUGCCCUACCAAAAGCCCCCUCCUCCACCACCUAAAAACCCAGCACGCCUCAUGGCUCUGGCACUGACUGAGAGUGCCAAUAAAGCUCUUCGCCAGGGGGCCUCUCCUCCCUAUCGUCCUCGCGAGGCCGGGAGUCCCCCUGAGGCCGACACUCAUUUUCAGCGCUCCCUGUCUGCUGAUGCUGGAGCUAUGCUCGCUUCAGAUCCAGACCAACUAUACUCCACUGUGCGUCCCCUUUCUGUGUGGAUGUCCGAGGGUGAUGGUGAAGUUAGCGCUCCUGAAAAGACUACGGAUUCAGCACAGGACGAGGAUGAACCAAGAUCACCAACGGGCCAGGACACAGGUACCCUCUCCUCUGAUGCCUCAGUUUCUGACUCUGGAACAUCCAAUAGUGAGUUGUCUGCUGGUAGUUCCUCUGGGGACAACGAGAAGACGCCAAGCCCCAUCUACAAUCAAAAGCCACAGCUUCCUACUCCUCCAAACCAAACUCCUAAAUCCAGCCCACCUACCGCUUGUGAGGUUUCUACUCAAAGAAAACCACCAGCAUAUGGCAGGCAGUUCUCUGCUCCACACCUUCAGCAACAGACAUCAGGCACAGAGUCAAAAUCCCCCAACCAGGCUCAUUCCCAGCUCCUGCAUUCCAGGUCAGAAAGCUCCCCCUUGGCUCACAUGAACGCCUUUCAGCCCACACGCCCCAAAGUGCCCCCCAGGCCACUUGAGUCUGCUCCACCAAGGCCCCCAAUUUCCAAGACUGACCGACAAGACUUCACACGUCGCUCUCUGGAUGCCAGUCGCAUUCGGCGCAUGGUGGGGCCGGCUCAAGUUAACCAACCACUUUCAAGAGCUUUUUCCGAGCGAAUAAGCAGCACGUCGGAUGCACUCUCUCGCUUCCAUGCAUCCAGAUUGGCCGGCCAGGCAGCACAGUUUGUGACAAUAGCUCAACCUCUCAUGCAGCAGCAGCAGGUCCAGGUAUCUCAUAUCCGGCCUGCAUUCUCAUCUUCUGAAGACCCCUCCAAUAUGGAAAAUUUAUACUAUGAGAUAAGUGCCCCUGAUCUUCCACCAAGUUACUCUCAGCAUAGCUACCAGAAUAUGAGGUUAGAUGUGGAUGGCAACUUCCGGCUUUCAGAGCCAGCCAAUCAGAGGCCCCAGUCUAGGGGUCAUCAACCACCUCCAUACUCACAAGUGCCAGGUUCUGCCAGGGCUCCUCAACUCUGGUCCUCUGAGGCUACACGUGCCUGGACUUCAGCUCAUUCCCAUGCUUCCUUUUCUCAUUCCCAUUCUCACCGGCAAUCCCAAAACAACCUAUCAGGUCCUCGCGGUCACCCUCGGCUGCAGCGUCAGAUUUCUUCCUCAGUCAAGCUGACCCGCAGUGAAUUGCACCCCAUCCCUGCUGCCACUAGCUUGGCCCCAACAGGGGGGCUGAUACCUCUGUCUGUACACCAGCGUAGUCUACACUGCUCCACACGGUUACCCUCAUCCAACCUUACCGCCUCCCAGAUGCAUCCCUACUUUGAAAAUGGGAAGGUGUGCUAUCGCUAUUUUGAGACUUCUGGCCCUGAGGAGGGAUCACUUAGCCACCUUCAGCCAUCCACGUCAAAAUCCCAUCAAUCAUUUUCAUCCCAGACCUCUCCAAUACAAGUAUAUAACCCAGCCUCCAACGACGAACCCAUUUAUGUGAACUACCCCUUCUCAAGCUCUCCAGGUGCUGGAGUAAAUGCUAAAACUUGGGCCACCACCGACCUUGAUGGAGAUGUCCACCAAGGGACAGAAUCUGUCACGCAGCCAUCUAUAGAGGACGAGCUGCCAGAAAAUGCUUUAGAUCAAAAGGGUCCUGUGACUAAUUUUGAAAUCGCUACUCAAAACGAUGGUGCCUCAGGUCCCAAGGCACUGGAGAUGACCACAGCCUCUGAUACAACACACUUUCGCAGCCACUCUGAUCCACAGAGCUUGAGUUCAGAACCCAGUCAGGCCCUGACAGGUAAAGACAUAGCUUCAAUUCUGAUUGAAAAGCUUGUGGAGGAUGAAAGAGAGGGUCUGAGUGUGGCUACUUCAUCCUCUGCAUCUUCCUCACCCCAUGUUGAGUACCCCCCUAACCCAUACCCCAGCCAACAUCAUAAGCGCCCACCACCUGCGUACAACCCAGGAUCCUCUCGGGCAAAUUUUGAGAGCCAAGGUCUGACUAGAGAAAGUCCAGGAGUGUUUCAUCGCCAAGAUCCCAUGCGUCGUUCUUCCAGUGGCCAGUACAGACAAGCCUUUGAUGUUAUGCCAUCUGGUGACCAAGUUCUUAAAUUUUAUCGAAGCCAAGAGAUUAUCCCAACUCCCCAGGGAGAAAGCACAGCGCAGAACCCGUACCCAACAAGACCUCAGUGUCAGGAUUCCAUCAGUCAUAUUCUUCAAGCUCACCCAGACACAUCCCAUUCCUCUACUCCUCCUUUGGUGGCCUUCUCAAACUUGGCACUAAGCACACCAAGAGGAUAUGGAGCUCAAAUAGAAGUUAAUCUGUAUAACCAGUACCCUUACCAGGCAGGUCCGGUGCUUCCGCCCUAUCCCAAUGCUCCCAGGAGGGAUGUUAUCCUGGACCCUGCUCUCCGACCUCCAGGUCUUCGGAACCAGAGGGACUUGAACCAGCAGGGCAGUCUGUCUGGUCCCAAUUGGUCUAUACAUACAGAGGGUCAGACCCGCAGUUACUGUUAAAGCACAAACCAAUGGCAAGGGUAACAUUCUUUGGACUGGAAAUGAAAUCCAUCGGGAAGGAAUGUCCUAAAAGAACCCCACUGCUGUGCUGCAAAACUGGACCUUUAGAGUAAAGGAAAGAAAUGUAGACAGAGAUGGUAGGGCAAGAUGGUUAUGAAAUAUCAAAGAAGUGAACCAUUUAGUGGCUUAGAAUUGUAAACAUUCCAGUAGACACUGUGUUGUCCAGCAGAGGGCAUCAGAGAGUUGUGUGGCUGCUGUCCCUCUGAAGGGAGUAUCAGGUAUUUCUGCAUGGUGGUGAUUUUCUGCUUUAGGUACUUUCUCGGUUUAAGUUUAUUGCUAGAACACUAAGUGGCAGUACAGUGUGGUGUACAGGAAAAUAAGCUUAGUAUGUUUUCUUUUUAUUAAAGCUAAAAUAAUUUGAUGGUACCCUUAUGCUGCUGGCUGGUUCUAAAGAUGUUUUAUUUUGCCUCAGUAUUCUUCUGUUUGAAGCAGUAUGAAAUUUUGGUUUUUACAGCUUUUAACUUUUUAAGUUAAUUUAAACUUCAUUACGAAGAGCAUUUACAAUAGUUCUUUUUUUUUUUUUUUGCUGUGUUUCGAAAAUCACAAACGAAUAGGAAUGCUUUUAGUCAUUGGUUUAAGUCGAAAGGGCAUGUGUUUUCAUUCGUGUAUGGAUACUUGUGUCACAGUAGUCUUCUCUGUCCUGUGAAACGUUCACGGAAGAACGUAAAGGAACCACUGCCAUGUGCAUCUGUAUACAUUUGUGUGUGUGUGUGUGUGUGUGUGUGUGUGUGUACUCGCAUGUGUCCAUGUUUAUGGAAGGUACUGCACAUGUAACUAUGAGUAAUGGAUGUGGGAUUUCAUAGCUGAACUUUCAACCAUGCUAAUCAGUGCAUCAGUUAUUACAUUAAAGGUAAAGAGGUUUCUUCCUAACAGUUAGUUGCACCGUAAUUUUUGCUGCAUAGCUCAUCAAAAGUUUCGGGCAUAAUUUAUUUAAUUUUUUUUGUAAAUGAAGGAGGACAUUUGUUGCGUAUUGAAACACCCUGCCCAGUCACCUAACUUCAAACCAAUCGAACUACUCUGGGAGGAGUUCGGAAAGAAAAGAAUCGAGUCAUGGCAGAGCAUUUUUAAUGGCUGCCUAGAAAAACUGACCGUUCAAGAAUGAAGAAUGUGUAUGCAGUGUGCAGAGGGUUUUUAUUCAUUAUAGCGGCGAAUAUUUUUCCACGUUAAUGUUCCGUUCCAGCGAAAAUAAAGCUCCGUCGAUGGUUCAUUGUGAAAAUCUACAUGUCUCAAAGUCUUGCCCCAUGUUUGUCUAGUUCCGACACAGUUUGAAUUCGUUGUCCUUCCAGAACUGUUGGAACGUUCUCACAAAGGUGUUCACUUAAUGAUUCUUUUACCACAACCAAGUGUGUAUCAGUGGUUCUCAGUUCUACAAUUGCAUUGUGACACUGAAACACCUGUCAAUCACCCAUACACCCGCCUUUCCUCCUCAAGACUUUUUUUAUUUGUCGAAAUAUUUGAGCCAAGUUGAUUAGGUGGUCUUUAUAUACUGCCAAAGUUUAGUUCAGCAGAUACAGGGUUGGGCAGCUCAACACUACUGUAAUGCAAUAUGACAAUGUGAGGGUUCUUUAGGGCAAGUGAGCUCCUGGUGAUCUGCCCUUAAUUUAAACACGCCUGACUUUAAAAUGUACGCAGGGCUGUUAAGCUUUUUACAGUGAAUGGAUUUUGGGCGUGUUUUUCGGUUGUGUUUAAUUUCGGUAGGAGGGUAGCUCUCCCAGAAAACGUAGUUGGGUGGACCAGGGAUGACACCUGUCCUAGUUUCCUAGCAACGGAUGCCUUUCCUUGAGCACUUGUUUUUCGUAACGUGCCGAGACUUGAACAUUUACCUCUUGAGUCAGUGUUAAUAGGGAUACGUGAGCCUUUUAAUUGCUUCUUGCUCAUUAGCAGUAUGUCUGGUGUCCUUACAUAGCUGGCCCUAAAUGUUUAAGGUGAAUACAUUGCACAAUUUUAUUUUAUUUUAUUUUUGUUUUUCUGCUCAAGAGUGAGCAAAUUUUGUACAAAAGGUACAAAAUUUAGUUGUAUGAAUGUGUGUGUGUGUGUGUGUAUGAAUGAAUGAGUGAAGGCUCUCUUGACUUUUUUUGUUUGUUUUUAAUCCAUAUCUAUGCAGUGAAGUACAAAGGAAGAUUUCCUACAACAUAGUAAUUUACUCUUUACUCCAAAUGCUAUGUAUGUAUUACAAUAGGUUGUGUGUUGGGUGUUGGUUUAUGUGCUUUAAACCUAAACAUCCUAUUCAGUGGUCUCUUUUUUUGCCUUGUAGCACAUUGCAAAAAGGCAAGUUACCAUGUUUUGUAAUAUUUACCAAUGUGUGAAUUAAAAAAAACUUGGAUGCAUCAGUCA